UGUUGCUAAUCGUACGUGCGAUGAAUGAUUCAGUGCUUGUUAUGAAACCAGUGGAUGAAUGGGCCCAAGUAGUCCAAGUACAUCGCAAAGUUUGCACAUUGUUACACGUGGAUGUCUUGACUAAUGUCUUGUUUUUGAUUGCAUAAGCUUGUAGAGUAAACUUAGAUGUCAAUCCUCCUGCUCGCAGUGGCCCUGCUGGCGGGCAGUGUGAACUCCUCCAACUCCACCAUAUCUGAUGGCGGGGAGGUGUGCGAGGCUUCGGCCGGCUUGUGGAGCCGCGCGCUGGAAGACUGGGCCACGUCCACGCUUGUCCAGUCGGAUAGACAUGGUCGGGUCAUGGCACUACCUUCAACGAAGGGCUACUACGUAGCAGAACGAUACGAUACCCCGUAUCUAUCCCCUCCACCCCCGUACCCUUCACAACACAUACCCACCCAGGGGCACGCACAACCUUCUUCACCAGGGUACAUACCACAAUCGCAGAAUCACCCACCCUCCUCAUCAGGAUACAUACCGCAAUCACAGAACCAUCCGUCCUCCUCGUCGGGGUAUAUACCCCAGAACCAUCCACCUUCAUCACCGGGAUACAUAACACAACCAUCAGGGCACAUGCCACAACCACACACCUCCCAUGGACCCAUACACAACAUGCCCCCUCACGGAAUGCACGUACCUCAGGGAUAUAAGGAGUGGGAAGGAACUCCUCAGUCGGGAGGAGGGAAGAUUGUUAAUCGACCUACAAAGCCUUACAAGGACAAAUUCAAGCCGAGUUAUCCUGCUCCAACUCAGCAGGAGCAGCAGCACCGCCCGGGCCCCAACUCCAUCGACCGCGUGGACGACCCUCCGCGCAAGCAGGUGACGGAGACCGACCUGUACUUGCUCAGCGCCAUCGAGAAGCUGGUGUACCGGGUCGACCUCAUGGAGAAACGGCUGCGGAAGAUGGAGGAGGGAGUCCACUAUUUGCUGGCUGGGGUGGAGUCUAAGCCGGAUCCUUGCCCCAAGAACUACACCCGCGUGGGGGACACGUGCUACUCGUGGUCCGACGUCGCCUUGGACUGGAAGGGCGCGUCGGUCGCCUGCCGCAAGGCGCGCGCGGCGCUGCUGGAGCUGACCGACGACGCGCAGCGGAAGACCCUGUACUCCAGGCUGCUGUCUGAUAAGCAGCUCAGAGGUAACGACUUCUGGACGGGUGGCUUGAACCCCGGCCUGCUCUGGAUCUGGUCCCAUUCGGCUAAGCCGGUGGAACCCAACUCCACCAAUUCCACCAGCAUUGCGGGAGACGGUCGCUGCCUCGCGCUAGUCUCGGACCCCACCAGGAACACAUACGUUUACAGAGGUCAGGACUGCGCGGUGCCGCACCGGUACAUCUGCCAGAAGGAAGACAGCAAGGACAAACUCGGGAAUGAGAUCGAGAGGGUGGCGCGGAAGCUGAAACAUGAGAGGAGGAGAUCCAAGUUGCUAUGGGAUGACGAUUUACAACCGGGCAGUUACUCCGUACUAGGAAUAGCUGCAGGGACUAAUUAGAACUUUUACAAAUAUCUGAGAAAAUUCAGCCAUUCGUGUGAAAUAGUCAAGUGACAAGGAACAUGGGAUUAAAGAAUAAUUUAGUUUUGCACAAAAUGUUCAUUAUUAUAGGUAUUGAUCGUAAUUUAUUUCCUUUAUAUAUAGUGUUUUUUAACUGAAAUCAAAAACUAUAGGAGAUGCAGGAAAGUCUUAGGAACCUUUGGGUCUUUUUUUGUGAAAACAAUUUUGCAUUAUCAAUUUUUUGUGAAUUAUGUACAUUGAUUUUUAAUUUUAUGCUCUCACACAUAAUAAAAAAAUUGACUAUUACAUGACAAAUUAUUUGCACAAAAAUAACCUAAAGAUUCCUAAAACAGUUUCCCUGUAUCUCGUAUGAUUUUAGAUUUUCCCACACUGUCCCAGUUAAAAAACACUGCAUAUUUUUGUAAUAUUAGCUUUUUACACCUCAACCCGUUUUACGGUAGUAAAAACGCAGAAGUUUUUUCUUUUAUCUUUCGUAAUAUAAAACAUUUUGAUACCUACUCUUUAGUCUUGUUUUUGUUUUAUAACUUUAUGAAACUUCUGUGUGGGUUACCUUAUGGUUCAAUUUUAUAAGACUGAUAUUUAAAUCAAUAUGUGCCCACUUUUAAUUAGGCAUUUACUAAAAUGAGAUGUUAACCAAAUAAAAGACUUGAAUUUCUCGUAAAUCCUUAUAUUCUAGAGUAUUUACAAUGUUUCGCGUUGAAUAGCAACAAAAUAACUUAUUUAAAUAAAUAUUUAUAAACAAUCAGACCUGCACUGUUUUAUUUUAUAGUACAUUGUCCUUCCCAUCUUGGUUUACAAUUUUCUUGCUGUGACUUUUUGGCCACAUACUGGAGUCUCUUAAUGCUUAAGAACGCCCUCAGCAUUUGCCUAAUAUUUGAGAUUGUGCCCAUAACAACAGUCAGUUACGGACUUAAUUAUUAUAUUUACAAAUUACAAUAUUUCUGUAAAAUAGGUACAGAAAAUUGUAACCAAGAUUUCACAAAUUGUAAUAAAUAAACUUCUCAAAAUCCAAGCAAAAGAAAUGCAGUACCAUUCAAUCUAACCUACAUUCGCAGUCUAUUAAGUUGGACAAACUCAUAGGUAGGAAAAAUAAGCAAGUUAAAUUAUGAAGUAUUAUUAAUAACUUCCAAAUUAUGAAUAAUAUUGUUGAUAGAAUAAGUUCAACCGAUUUCAACUGCAUUCAACAAAAUUGUAAAAUUAAUAACAAUAUUUUUUUAGCCGACUUAAAAGGUGACCGAUGUCGCUUUUCACAAAACCACGUAACGACGACGUUCAUACCGCGAGCUAACAUUCGUAAAGUUCUUAUUUGUCAAAAAUCAUAUGGGCUUUUUGAAAAUUACUACGGUCACUAAGUACAAUACUACUAUUAACACAGUUGAAAUUGGUUAAAAUUCCUUUUAAGUUUGUAUCAAAGAUAUUGCGUGUAUUUAGUAGGACCAAUAUUUUUGGUUUAAUAUCUUUUUAGAGCAAAUGAUUCGUAUAAACUCUGCAAUAAAUAUAAAUAUUAACACAUAACUGAAUUAUUAUGUUGUGGUAAGACUAGCAAUCCGUGAUUUGUAACUGGCAACAUUUGUAAAGCGAAUAACGUAAUAUACUACAUGCUAUGGGUUGUAUAAAACCUCUAGUUUAAUUCAUUUACAAUUUAUACAAUUAAUUGGAACAUUGUGACGGAAUUACAUUAUUAUUGUAAAGCUAAAGUAUUUCGUUUAAAUGGAAAUUAAAAAUCUUAGUUAAAUGAUCAAAAUAAGAAUAGGAAUGCCAUAUUGUGAAUGUAAAUAUAUUUUAAUAAUUCUUUCGAUUUCAAUCGAUUUUGAUAGUCACUAUCAUCGAUCAUUCCCCCACCAUUCACCCACCUCUGGCUCAUCACUCACCUCUCAGAUUGAGAAGGGUUUGACCAUAAUAUUUCUACCACGCUGGCCAAGGGCGGAUUGUCAGACUUCAUACAUUUUAGCCCAAACUAUUAGCAAGCUGAAGUGGACAGGCCAUGCCUGUCGUAGAGGCGAUGGUCGUUGGAGUCGGAAAGUCUUUGAGUGGAGACCGCGUAUAAGAAAGCUUAGUGUGGGACUCCCUUCAGCAUGAUGGACUGACGAUAUAAAGCGACUGGCGGGAAGUGGCUGGAUGAGGAAGGCUGAGGACCGGGUGUGGUGGCGCUCUAUAGGGAAGGCCUAUGUCCAACUGUGGACGUCCACAGGCAGGCAAUCUCAGGCGUGCAGGUCCGCCUUCCCGGAUAGGAAGGCGAAGUAGUCAUUCCUACUCUUAUUGUAAUUAUAUUGUCUGUGUUAUCUUAUAAUUUAAAACAAAAAAAAAACGCCGUAUUUUGUACUUAGAUUAGAGGAGCAAUAUUA